AUGGGCACUAAUCCUCUCAACGAACGACUGCAAUGGUUUCGAUCGGCAGAGCAAUCGCCCACCUACAAGCCGCUCCACUCCGAGAGCCAGACGGUCAACUUUGACCACCCUCACUCAUGCGCUCAUUGCCAACACAUUUCCUUCAAUGUCGAGGAUUUUGUAGAGAACCCCUUGGUCGAUUUGGGCCAAGGUGCGGCUCAUCGUGAAACCACAUUUUCGCAGGAGAUUGGUCGGGGCUUGGAGCAGGCCAUUGCAGCAGCAAUAGCAGGGUGCGCACUUUUCAAAUGGGUUCUGGACACUUUGGGGGACGAGGAGAACCACGACGUACCGACUGCCGACUCACUUGAUCAGGUCGUCUUUAGUCUCGAGUUUGAGACAGGUGAGCAGAUCAGCUGUGCUCCCGUCAUUGGCGGUCUGUACAAGGAUGGUAGAAGCUACGAGCCGUGGAUCAGCACGUAUUAUGGCAAUCGACGGGCGAGGUUAGAUCUAUGUGUUCGCAGGGAUGAUCCAGCCGCCAAUUUCAUCGCACAACACCCGCCAGAGUCUGACCUGUUCUCGGAAAGAAGCAUACAGUUUGGCAAAGACUGUCUAGCAACUUGUCUCAAUUACCACGAGCAUUGUCGAACCGAGUGGUUGAGAGCCGACCUCGACAGACUGACCCAUGACCGUGUACUAGAAAGCAUCAAUCUCUCAGACGAGACAAUUUCGUUGAAAGAUCUUCCCACGCGUCUCUUGCGGAUUGAGGCCGCGGUUGAUGGUGCACUCCUAGUGAGGCUGGUCGAAGUUUCGAAAUUAACAACCGAGGGACAGAGACAAAUUGCCGCUGCCGGUUUUGCCGCUCUCUCGUACUGCUGGGGUGAAGAGGGUAACCCCAUACAACUAAGAUCAGAGACGUGUGAAGGACUCAAGCAAGGCAUCGCGGUUUCGACGCUACCAGCAACCAUUUCCGACGCGAUUCAUUUUUCAGAGAAGCUGUCGCUCGAUUAUAUCUGGGUCGAUGCGCUGUGUAUUUUUCAAGAUAAUGCCGAAGAUAAGCAUAUUGAGAUUAGGCGAAUGGGGGCUUACUAUGGCGCAAACACGCUGACUCUCUGCGCCGCUUCUGCCGAUGGCUCAUCAAGGGGGCUUCGAAACCGCGACUCGAGGUCUCUGUACCGAAUGCCACCCACAGCUCUCGCAUUCCAAGUUGGCAAGGAUGUGGGACAAAUCAUUCUGCACUCCAAGCUGGAUGAACAUAGAGAGCGUACAACAGAGCGCGGGUGGACGCUGCAGGAAUCUUUACUUUCGCGUCGCAUCGUGAUCUUUUCUGACCAGCUGUACUGGUGCUGUGCGACCGCCAAUGCAGAAUGCGAAGGACUGCUGACCAAACUGGCCAAGGAACCAAACCGAAAUUUUGGUCUGCCCGAGUCUCUCGUGCCGGGCAUAUUCCCAGCCCAAGUCCUGCGAGACUACCCGCCCGAGGUGCAGUGGCAAUCGGUCGUGUUGGAUUUCUCAAAACGCCGUCUCGGAGUCGCAAGUGACAAGCUGCUCGCCAUCUCGUCAUUCGCCUCUUGGGUACACGCCAGAUACCGGGCCAGCCCCGUACAUUUAGGAGGCGAUUCCGCCUAUGUGGCCGGGUUGUUCCUAUCUACCCAAAAUGCAGGAGCUCUGAUAAGACAGCUCGCUUGGCGGCCCUCGAAGACAUCAGACUGUUCCCGACCGCUGGACUACCGGGCGCCGUCAUGGUCUUGGGCGGCAGUGGACGGGGCACUCGCACUGCGCCACGAGCCAGAUAUGAUAACAUGCGGCUUCGAGGGUUUCACCCUGCAAUUGAUGCAUGCAGCGGCCCCAUAUGGUAGCGUUGAGCGUGCCACGCUGAGUCUAUCUGGCUGUCGACUCCAGCCUCUGCAAAGCUGCGUAAAAUUCGAGCCUCAUAUACGGGAGGAAAUGAACGAGCACAAUCAAGAGGGGAUGUGGUUGGUGCCUGAUACACCACAAGACAGGCAUCUUAUUCUCUCUGCCCUCAAUUUGUCAACACCAUCCUCUUUGUACUUGUGCCAGCUCGCAGUGGCCGAUUUGGACGGUUGGCAUUGGAGUGGUGCGCAAUUAUCCUACGGGUGCGUUGGACUCAUCAUUACCCGUGUUCCUGGCGAAGCACCCAACAGCUUUCGACGUGUGGGUUUAUUCGACCUUUUUCGCACUAGCAGCCGCGAAAAGGCAGAAGAAGAUGCAGAGUUGGAUGGAUUCUUUGAUGUGGAGGGUCAGAAUAUCACUUUAUUGUAG